AUGAAAUUCAGUUCUCAGUUAAAUUCCUGAGAAUAUCAUCAGGAACAAAAAGGGGUUCUAUCCUUCCUCCCCCAAUUCUCACGGAUACAUCUCUCUUCACUCCUAACCGAUCCGCUGCCGCCGCUGCCACACACUUCUUCCUCCUCUGACCAGCCGAGAAAUGGUACUGAUGAUCAGGUAGCAGCAGCAGCAGCAGCAGCAGCCAGCAGACAUGCAAAGCCCCAACAACAACCACCACCAGCAAGCACAGAACAGCAGCCACACAUCAACCACCCGCUCCUCUGAUUCCGGUGAGCCCUCCGCACCCAACAACAAAUGGGCCUCCACGCUUCUAAAAGAAUGUGCCAAAGCCAUCUCCGACAAGGACUCCACCAAAAUCCACCACCUUCUAUGGAUGUUAAACGAGCUGGCAUCCCCGUACGGCGACUGCGACCAGAAAUUAGCCUCUUAUUUCCUCCAAGCCCUCUUCUGUAAAGCCACCGAGUCGGGGCAAAGGUGCUACAAAACCCUAACUUCGGUGGCAGAGAAGAGUAACUCAUUUGAUUCCGCCAGAAAAUUGAUUCUCAAGUUCCAGGAGGUCAGUCCAUGGACCACUUUUGGUCACGUCGCUGCAAAUGGUGCAAUCCUAGAGGCCCUAGACGGCGAAAAAAAUCUUCACAUCAUUGAUAUAAGCAACACUCUUUGCACUCAAUGGCCGACCUUGCUAGAAUCUCUGGCCACCAGAACCGACGAAACCCCUCACCUGAAACUCACCGUGGUUGUGACGGCCAGUACUGUAAAAUCCGUCAUUAAGGAAAUUGGUCAAAGAAUGGAGAAGUUCGCUAGGCUAAUGGGUGUGCCUUUUGAGUUUCAUGUAAGAAGUGACUACUUAGGUGAACUGACUAAGGAAAAACUCUGUGUUUCCGAAGAUGAAGCUAUUGCAAUAAAUUGUAUUGGCGCCUUAAGAAGAGUUGCAGUCGAGGAAAGGUCCUCCGUGAUUGAGUUAUUCCGCUCUCUCAAUCCAAAGGUUGUGACUAUUGUAGAAGAAGAAGCUGAUUUUUCCAGCAACAGAGAUGAUUUCGUCAAGUGUUUCGAAGAGUGUCUCAGAUUUUACACGUUGUACUUCGAGAUGUUAGAGGAGAGUUUUAUGCCGACAAGUAAUGAAAGGUUAAUGCUUGAACGGGAGUGCUCAAGAAGUAUUGUUAGGGUUUUGGCAUGUGAGCUUGAAGAAAACAUUGAAGGAGAGUGUGCAGAGAGAAGGGAGAAAGGAAGCCAAUGGUCGGAGAGGAUGAAGGCAGCGUUUUCUCCGGUGGGGUUCAGCGAUGACGUGGUGGACGAUGUGAAGGCGUUGCUGAAGAGGUAUAGAGCCGGGUGGGGGCUAAUGCAGGGAGAUGGUCAUGAGGAUCAAACAGGACUUUAUUUGACAUGGAAAGAGGAAGCAGUGGUGUGGGCAUCAGCAUGGAAAUGAAGAACCCUAGAGAAAUUGGGCAAAAGGGGUUAAGAUUUUUAGCAUUGAAUUUUAUGCCCAAAGGAUGAAAAGAAGAUGAAGCAAUAUAUAGUCAUGGAGGUUUAGUUUUCAUGCACGGCUUUGGAUUUGCUCUUAUGUCCACUUUUCUUGUGCUUUUUUAUGCUUUGGAGUUUGUGUUGCUUCUUUUCUGCUUUAGCAGAUUAUAACAUAUAUUCUUGUUUGAAGGUGUAAUUGCAUAUGGAAUAGAGGUGUGCUUCUGUC